UGUGUGCAUGGGACUUGGUGAUCGUUGUGACUCAGUAGGUCAGCUCCCUCUCUGAGCAUCCCUUAGGGUAGAGUCAGUGUGGGUGACAGUGGGAGAAAGGAGGUGACCACUUGGGUACAGACAUCUGGGUGAGUGAAUCCUUCUCUUAGUCCCACCUUCAAACAGCCACCAGGAGCUGAGGGCAUGUGACUUCACCUUCUCAUCUGGAAAAUGGGGGUAGUGAUAAUAUCACCCCAGAGGGUCAGGAUGAGGAUCAAGUGAGUUAAUCUCUGUUAAAGAACUGUGCCUGGCACAUGGUGGCUACUCAGUAUAUUUCUAUUCAACAAAUAUUUAUUAAGCAUCUAUUAUGUGCCCAGCAUUAUUCUUUCUAAUAAUGGUUAGCUAUCACCAUUUUACAUCUUAGUACAUAUCAGGUCCUCUUUGUGGAAUGAAUGAAUUUAUUGAACACCUACUACUUGCCAGGUACCUUUUAAAACACUUUACCCAUGCUUACUCAUUUAAUCCUCACAAUAAUCCAAUGAGCCAUCAUCUGCAUUUUACAGAUGAGGAAACUGAGGCCAGAAAGGUUAAGUCAUUUGCCCAAGGUCACAUGGCCACCAAGUGGCAGAGCCAGGAUUUGAACCUAGGAGGUGUGGCUAUAUCUCCUAACUAGCACAGCAGCUGUCAGGCCUGGGAAGGGGUUGAGUAGGGCGGGGUCCUUGUGAGAGAGGCAGCUCCGAGGGGGACCGGAGAGGAUUCUCCCGAGCUACGAGGGACUAGGGGGAGGGGGAGGUGUCGGUGAGCCACGCGUUGGUGGGACGUUCGUGUGGGCACCUGUAAGGUGUCUCUAAAUCUCCUGGCACUGAAGUGUUUGUGUGAGUGUAAAUGUAUGUGAGUCUGUGCGAAGGUGUGGGAGAGGGAGUGUGCGUGAGUCUGCGUGGGACGCUGUGAGUAUACGUGUGAAUGUGUGUGUAAGCUGCCGCGUGUGGGUGUGUGCGAGUCCAGGUGUGCAUGGUUGAGUGUAGGCCCAUGUGUGAGACUCGAGAGGUGUGCAUGAGUGACCGCGCGGGAGUAGUUGUGCGUGCCUCCGGCCCCACCUCUGACCCGCUUCUCUGCGGGGUCCCGCCAGCCCCGGGCGGGGAGAACUACCACUCCCGGCAUGGCCCGGGUGGGCCCACCCCGCCACCCUGAUUGGCUGUGGUCCCGGUGCUCCCGCCCCCCGGGAAUGAAUGGAUGGGCGGCCUCAGCGCCCGCCCGAGCGCUGGGAGGACCGGCCCGGCGGGGACCUGCUGGGGGCAGGACCCUGGGAGCAAGAUGGCCACGGUCAUCCCCGGCCCCCUGAGCCUAGGCGAGGACUUCUACCGAGAAGCCAUCGAGCACUGCCGCAGCUACAACGCGCGCCUGUGCGCCGAGCGCAGCCUGCGCCUGCCGUUCCUCGACUCGCAGACCGGCGUGGCCCAGAACAACUGCUACAUCUGGAUGGAGAAGACCCACCGCGGCCCGGGUUUGGCCCCGGGACAGAUUUACACGUACCCCGCCCGCUGUUGGAGAAAGAAACGGAGACUCAACAUCCUGGAAGACCCCAGACUCCGGCCCUGCGAGUAUAAGAUUGACUGUGAGGCGCCAUUGAAGAAGGAGGGCGGCCUCCCAGAAGGGCCGGUCCUUGAGGCUCUACUGUGUGCUGAGACAGGGGAGAAGAAGAUAGAGCUGAAGGAGGAGGAGACCAUUAUGGACUGCCAGAAACAGCAGCUGCUGGAGUUUCCACAUGAUCUUGAAGUGGAAGACUUGGAGGAUGACAUUCCCAGGAGGAAGAACAGGGCCAAAGGAAAGGCAUAUGGCAUCGGGGGUCUCCGGAAACGCCAGGACACCGCUUCCCUGGAGGACCGAGACAAGCCGUAUGUCUGUGAUAUCUGUGGGAAACGGUAUAAGAACCGGCCAGGGCUCAGCUACCACUACACCCACACCCACCUGGCUGAGGAGGAGGGGGAGGAGAACGCCGAACGCCACGCCCUGCCCUUCCACCGGAAAAACAACCAUAAACAGUUUUACAAAGAAUUGGCCUGGGUCCCUGAGGCACAGAGGAAACACACAGCCAAGAAGGCGCCUGAUGGCACUGUCAUCCCCAACGGCUACUGUGACUUCUGCCUGGGUGGCUCCAAGAAGACGGGGUGUCCCGAGGACCUCAUCUCCUGUGCCGACUGUGGGCGAUCAGGACACCCCUCGUGUUUACAGUUCACGGUGAACAUGACGGCAGCUGUGCGGACCUACCGCUGGCAGUGCAUCGAGUGCAAGUCCUGCAGCCUGUGUGGCACCUCGGAGAACGACGGUGCCAGCUGGGCGGGUCUCACCUCCCAGGACCAGCUGCUGUUUUGUGACGACUGCGAUCGGGGUUACCACAUGUACUGCCUGAGUCCCCCCAUGGCGGAGCCCCCGGAAGGGAGCUGGAGUUGUCACCUCUGUCUUCGGCACCUGAAAGAGAAGGCCUCUGCCUACAUCACCCUCACCUAGGCCUGGCUCUGGCUCACCUGGACCUCUGGGGUGAUGCUUGCCUACCUGCCUCUUGGAGCUCCUCCAGUCUCUCCCCAUCCUUAAUGCCCCACAGUGGAAGGGGCCGGGGGUGGGGGGAGCCUGAGAGGGGGCUGGGUCACCCCUCCCCUCUGUGCAAGUGGAAUGUUUGCCCUGUGGGUUGGUGGGCCCAGCAGGGUCCUCUCCCUUCCUCCUUCCUGCCUCACCCCUUCGCAAAUGGGCACCAGGGGCUUCUGCUCCCCUCAAAGCCAUACCCCGCCUCUGGGCGGGCACGAGGGGUGGUGGAUGCCAGCUGGGGGCACGGACAAAGCCUUUUUCUAAAGAAAAAGUCAAAAAGUUAAAAAAAAAAAGAAA